UGCACAUCUGACGUGAGUCUCCAGCAGUUUCUCUGUGUGGGUACACGAGUUUUUUCGCCUCUCAUACUUGAAACUUCUGAACUAGAGAUUCGUAUACUUUCUAAAAGGAUGUCGGUCAAUGAAGCAUACGUGUUGCGUCCCUUUAAACUGAUCGCUCUGUUCUGCGUGUUUCUGGCACUUUCUCUAGACUUGGUAGCACUGCUCAGUCCGGCUUGGGUCACCGCUGAACAAUACUCUCUUUCGCUUUGGGAGUCCUGUAACAAACACGGGGACUUUUGGCAAUGCACCCCUACGUUUAAAACAGACUGGCAGGUCGCCACGCUGGUGCUGCUGCUGACUGGAGCAGCGGUCACUCUGGUGGCGUUCAUGAUUGGCCUCAUCUCGCUGUGCCGGGGCACUCAGAGGAAACACUACCGCACUGUGGCCAUCUUCCUCUUCACCGCAGUGGUUCUGCAGGCCUGCGCACUGGUCCUCUACCCAAUCAAGUUCAUCGAUGGGGCGGUGCUGCAGACGUACCAUGAGUUCAACUGGGGCUAUGGACUGGGCUGGGGGGCUACCAUCUUCAUGCUUGGAGGGGGGAUCCUUUUCUGCCUCCGGACGGAUUUGUACGAGGACCCCUAUUACUAGGCCAAGACCAGAUUCUUCUUCUUUUUUUUUAUUAGACCAGUAAAUGGGACUGGGCUUGUUGGAAAGAUAGAAUUGGUAACCGCUGUAUGAAGAGGCUGGUAGUCUCAGCCCAUGCAGAGAUGAGGGUGAGGACUAUUAGAGGUGGAGCUCAAGGACCAAUGCAAUCAUUCCCCAUGUAACAACUUCAGCUGCUGACUCCAUGUGCAUUUCCAUGUGUUAAAAAAUAGAUGUCUUUGCUACAGCAGGAGAUAGCAUGAAAUGUUUUAUUAAGUCAUGUACCCCUGUUUUCCUCCCUCUAUUCCACAGGUUCAGUACCCCCCCCCCCCCCCCCCCCUUCUAUUCACAUACACUGUGUAUAAAAUGUGUGCCUUUUAAAGCUGCAAUAAACUGCUUGCUCUAUUUUAACCAGGGUUGUCAGGCAGGGGUAAAACUAUCUGAAACUUGGUCAAAUAGACAUUUCUUUUAAUGAUUUUAAUCAGUUUUACUUCAGAAUUUAUAACCAAGUGUGGUGGUGGUGUUUUUUUUUAAUAAAUAUUCUGAAAGGAUAACAGAUUUUACUUGGUUGAAUUCAGCUCUGCCUCGUGUGAUGUGACAAAGCUGGCACACAGAGGCAAUGAAGUCCAGUCCAGAGGGUUUGCAUUGCUGAUGAGUGCGCAAAGCUUGGAACCGGGUCAGUUGGUGAACAGAUACGCCCCUAUACAGAACAGCAGGUCUUUCAGAUCCGCUGUGUGUGUUUAUAUGAACACCUACGAUAUUAUAUAGUUAUAGGACAAGAACGUCUGUGUAUUAAGGAAUAUCUGCACUAGUAGAGAGGCUGAAAGCCGAGGUCUGUUGAAGUGCUUUGAGUGUCUAUGUAACCCAUACACAGACAUUCAGUGUCCUAUAACUUUGAUAUUCUGCUUUAUUAUUAGUACACAAGAUAUAAAUCCAGCUCUGUGUGUUUUCUAAUCAUGACCAUCCUUUUAGUCCAUUUCAUUUUUUCAGUUACCUUGAAAAGGUUAAUGAAGACUUAAGUGGCUGAGGUAGGCGGUCGAUUGUGAUGUCACCGUUUUGAAUGGAAUUCCAAGAGCUGCCACAGGUGUGGUUUUAGUUUUAAAGCAGGUGACCUCAAUCGCGCUGAUUUGGAGAAUCCGUGAUGUCUGGAAUACAGAAGGUGAAACAUGCGAUCCGAUUGGCUGAAAGAUCCUGAGCAGCAUAUACUUAAAAUGUCAGCCAUGUUUCUUCAUGAAUAAAGGGCUCAAAAAGUAAAUGACAGCACAUGAAUACAGCUUAACUAGUUUUAUUUAUUAUGUUUGUUUCAGAUUUGUAUUUUCCUGUUUUGAAAUGGCUAACAGUUCCUUUGUUUCGAUGGCAUCCCUUAGUAUCAAAAUAUGUUGGAAGAAGAAAAUAUUUUCCUAUCUGUUUUAUAUAUAAUUUUUUUUUAUAUUGAAUCACACUUUGAUGUUAAGGAGAUGUCAGUUUCAAAGGUGCUUGUUUUGAAAUGACCAGUUGAUUUAACCCUUAGCAUAAUGUUUCCACUGUGUUAGACUAACACAGCAAAUGGCCUGGGGGGGCCCUUGUGAUGUCAUUCAUGGGCAGAGCUGAAUGCUUGCUGUUAUUCUGUGUGCUGCAUAAUCAAUGGAACACUGUCUGGGCUGGGUUGGCUGCACAAUCUCCUUCUCUGCCUUUACCUUAAAGAUACACACACGUCAACUUCAAGAUUUUCUCUGUUGAAACAAAGCUGUACUGCAUUUUUCAAGCUUUGUAACUCAGAGUGGCGGGAGUGAGUGGAAAGCUUAAAAAAAAAAACAUUUUAACUAAUUUGUGGACAGUUAUCCUUUUAGCUUUGUGCAUUCAUUUUCGCAUACAGUGAAACCUCUCGAUUUAAUACCAGUCAAGGGCUCAGAUUGUGUCAUUACUAGAAAGUUCUUAAGUUAGCCAACGUGUGUUUUUUUAACAGUUUAACUCUCGUAGGGAUUGUGUGGUAUAGCUUUCACAUUUGGUAGUUUACAGCGGGAGGUGGGGUUUAACAAAGGGUUUAUACAUUUUGGGCUUAAUGCUGAGCGAUGUUCUUUGUAUUGACUUUAAAACAAAGUUUAACUGAACAGUAUUGGGAUACAGUGGGUAAGACAGUUAUAUGGUCAAUAGUAUUGGGAUACAGUGGGUAAGACAGUUAUAUGGUCAAUUCAAUAUUAUUUUUAAAAAUGUCUAGUUGUGUUUAUAGUAAAAUACUGUGUUUUCCUGUCCAGGGUUUUUUAUGUCACUCUUAAAACUGUAUCCAGUGUUCUAGGGUCCACGUAUCGUAUAUGAAACACAGAGGGCUCUUGUUGCAGCCUGAGCCACUCCAGCACACCUCUAUUUUACAUUAUUGGCCUUGUAUGGGCAUUGCUGAGAUUCAAAUAAAUGCAAAGUGUUCUCUUGUGAA